CAGUUAUCACCAUGCGCGGACUUUAAAGGCGUCAGUUGUUUUUGUGAUCUGAACGACGUGAACUCUCGAAACAAGCGCUUUACAGGCGAAGACCCCAUCGCAUCACUCGGACAGAGACCAUGAGUGAACUGGAACAGUUAAGGCAUGAAGCUGAGCAGCUUCGUGUCCAGAUUCGGGAUGCACGGAAGGCUUGCAGUGACUCUACUCUGUCUCAGAUCACAGCUGGACUGGACUCAGUGGGCCGUAUACAGAUGAGGACACGACGCACUCUGAGGGGACAUCUGGCCAAAAUCUAUGCCAUGCACUGGGGCAGUGACUCCAGGUUACUAGUCAGUGCCUCUCAAGAUGGCAAACUGAUUAUAUGGGACAGCUACACAACAAACAAGAUCCAUGCCAUUCCCCUGCGGUCGUCCUGGGUGAUGACUUGUGCUUACGCUCCAUCCGGAAACUACGUCGCGUGCGGAGGCCUGGACAACAUCUGCUCCAUCUACAGCCUGAAAACCCGGGAGGGAAACGUCAGAGUCACUCGUGAACUGCCCGGGCAUACCGGAUACUUGUCCUGCUGUCGCUUUUUGGACGACAACCAGAUUGUCACCAGCUCGGGAGACACCACUUGUGCAUUAUGGGACAUAGAGACAGGCCAGCAGACGACAAACCUCACAGGUCACACAGGAGACGUGAUGAGUUUGUCUCUGAGUCCAGACUCAAAGACGUUUGUGUCGGGUGCAUGCGACGCUUCGGCUAAACUUUGGGACAUCCGAGACGGCAUGUGUCGCCAGUCGUUUACGGGCCACGUGUCCGACAUCAACGCCGUCUGUUUCUUCCCCAACGGCAACGCCUUCUGCACGGGCUCCGACGACGCCACCUGCAGGCUGUUUGACCUGCGCGCCGAUCAAGAGCUAAUGAUGUAUUCUCACGACAACAUCAUCUGCGGCAUCACCUCCGUGGCCUUCUCGAAGAGCGGGCGCCUCCUGUUGGCCGGAUACGACGACUUCAACUGUAACGUGUGGGACACCCUGAAAGGAGAGAGAGCGGGUGUCUUGGCAGGCCAUGACAACAGGGUCAGCUGUUUAGGAGUAACAAAUGAUGGUAUGGCUGUGGCUACAGGAUCCUGGGACAGCUUCCUCAGAAUCUGGAACUGACCAUCCCGCUCUCUCUCUCACUCUCUCCACACACACACACACACACACACAUGCACAUACACACACGCACAUGUAUUUACAGAAACAUACAAACACACACACACAUAGCCCUGUAACGGCGCCCUCCCUCCCAAGGUUCAGCAGUGUGUGUCUGCCACCCCAACACGCACACUGCCGCCACUGCAGCCCGCAGCCUCGGGAAAACUAACCCUCCUUUGUACCAUUUCCAAUAAACAGUUGUGUUUUUUUUUUUUGUAUUCAUUUAUUACACAUAACAGCUUUCAAUAUGUAGUCCAGUCAGUCGAGGAGAUGGCCAAACAAAAGGACCAACUACCACUCUCUCAUUUUUGUUUGUUUGUUUGUUUGUUUCUUCUUUUUUUUUAAUGAGAGACCAGACAGCAUGUUAGCAAGGAGUAACAGACUUGUCAUUGUGUAAU